AUUCAGUGGACGUGGCUGCUCGUGUGGCUCAGUUCAUCAGCGGAGCGGCUCUCACACACCAGCUGCCCAUCGCCGAAGCCAUGCUGACCUGCAAACACAGAACGAGGGAUGAAGACUCCUACCAGAAAUUCAUCCCGUUCAUCGGGGUGGUAAAGGUGGGCUUGAUUGAGCCGGGUCAGUCUUCAGCAGGCGACGCAGAAGAGGGCAUGGCUGUGAGUUUGGCUGUCCCCUCCACAUCUCCGCCCUCUCACGGCUCACCAGCCAGUCUUAAAGAGACAGCGACGCCGCCCUCAUCCCCGUCCAUCGGCGGUGGUCUGGCUGUGCAGGGCAGCCCCAGCAUGUCUCACGCAGUGGACGCCAUCGGUCUGCAGGUUGACUACUGGCUGGCGUCUCUGGCAGAGAAGCGGCGUGAGGGCGAGCGCAGGGACACCGGCUGUAAAAACACUCUGAAGAGCGCCUUCUGGUCUCUACAGGUCAGCCGGCUGCCAGGAGGAGUCGCCAGCGACACACAGCCACACGUCAACACUAUGGCCAUGACGGUGGUCACCAAAGAGAAGAACAAGAAGGUUCCAACUAUUUUCCUGGGGAAGAAGCCUAAAGAGAAGGAGAUGGACUGUAAGAGUCAGGUGAUCGAGGGCAUCAGUCGGCUCAUCUGUUCGGCCAAACAGCAGCAGACCAUCCUGAAAGUCACUAUUGAUGGAGGAGAGUGGAACGACGUGAAGUUCUUCCAGUUAGCCGCGCAGUGGCCAACUCACGUCAAGUAUCUGCCAGUGGGAUUAUUCGGCUACAGCAAACCGGCCUCUUAGAACCGCCCACUUUCCCAACCCCGCCUCUUCAACCUCCAAGCCGACGCCCCAUCGCACACCGUUCCCGCCACUCAAAGAAUGCUGGCCAAUCAGAGAAGAGACAGGACUCUCUCCUGUGACAGACGGUCUGCUGGGAGGGUGGAGUUGAAGACGUCCCAUAGACUUUUAUCAGCGCUAGUCACUUUUAUUUAUCAAAGGUCCCAGAGCCACUUAUGGGGGCCAAGCACAAAUUUGGAUACACCACCCGUCAGUCAUCAGCCUGACUAUUUAACAGCAUGACACUGCUUAAUGAGUCACCUCGAAUAUGAUCCGUAACAUCGCUAAUGUCUUUCGUCAUUGGCCGCAUAACCAGCAUAAACAAGAAAUGCAGCCAAAAUCUACCAUGGUAACUGUGUUUGCCAAAAAAUUUAUUUAUUUAAAGAGACAGUACACCCAAUAAUCAAAGUUAUGUCAUGCUUUACACUUGAGUGACUCAAAGGAAGAUAUGCAUUACUUCACUGGAAGGGGUGUUCAUAAGACUGUCGUGACACAUUAAUAAUCAUGACAUGACACACAGCAUGAAUAUGAAUGAGAUUUAUGCAUGCUUAUGUCACCUGUCUUUAAGUGUCAGUUAUUACAUUUUAAAUGCAAAGGUGACUUCAUUUUAAAUGUAUUUGUUAUGACAUCUUGACAAAACCAAGACAACAUGAUCUGUCAUAAACAUGUCAUAAACAUGACAGUCACAAGGCCAAUACAAUUAUCAUUAAUAUAAACAUUUGACACUUUUUUACAUUUUAAUGACAAAUUCCAUAGUUUAUGAUAGGUUUAUAACAACUUAUAAUGUCCUAAUGUCAAGUUGUCAUAACAGCUACAAUAACUGGUUAUGAUAUAUUUAUGUCAAGUUGUCGUAACAAAGACAUCUCAAACAAUGUCAUCUUUGUAUUUGAAAUGACUUAACUGAGCUUAUGACACUUAAUGACAGUUGUCAUAAGCAAACAUAAAAUGUCAUUUAUACUCAUGAUGUGUCAUGUCAUGAUUAAAAGGUCUCAUGACAGUCCUAUGAACACCGACUUCAAGUAAAGUGUUGCCAGAUAUGGUUUCCGAAAGUGUAUCUGGUAACACUUGACUAAAAGAGGUGUUCAUAAGACUGUCAUGACACAUUUAUAAUCAUGACAUGACACACGGCAUAAAUAUGAAUGAGAUUUAUGCAUGCUUAUGUC